UAUUUGUACUUGUGUGUCUAAGCAAAUGGCAAACCCUACAUAAACUGCCUCUUUCUGCUCUCCUCCCCUUAAACCCUAGACAGGGCCGCUGCAGAGCCCAACGUCUACACCUCAAGGAAAGAAUAAAAUAUAAAGAUGGUUCAGUAUAAUUUUAAGAAGAUCACUGUUGUCCCUAGUGGGAAGGAUUUCAUUGAUAUCAUCCUUUCCCGAACACAAAGACAAACACCAACAGUUGUCCACAAGGGAUAUGCAAUUUCUCGUCUGCGUCAGUUUUACAUGCGUAAAGUCAAGUACACACAACAGAAUUUUCAUGAGAAACUGUCUACAAUUAUUGAGGAGUUUCCUCGGCUGGAUGAUAUCCAUCCAUUCUACGGUGACCUCCUUCAUGUUCUUUACAACAAGGACCACUACAAACUUGCCCUUGGCCAAGUUAAUACUGCCAGGAAUCUCAUUAGCAAGAUAGCAAAAGAUUAUGUGAAAUUGCUGAAGUAUGGUGAUUCGCUCUAUCGGUGCAAGUCUCUGAAAGUAGCUGCUCUUGGUCGCAUGUGUACUGUGAUUAAGAGGAUUGGCCCUAGUUUAGCUUAUCUGGAACAAAUCAGACAACAUAUGGCUAGGCUACCUUCAAUUGAUCCCAAUACUCGAACUAUCUUGAUUUGUGGGUAUCCUAAUGUAGGCAAGAGCUCUUUCAUUAACAAGAUCACGAGGGCUGAUGUGGAUGUCCAGCCCUAUGCUUUCACCACUAAGUCUCUGUUUGUGGGUCAUACUGACUAUAAGUACUUGAGGUACCAAGUGAUUGAUACACCAGGGAUUUUGGACCGACCUUUUGAAGAUCGUAAUAUCAUUGAGAUGUGCAGUAUCACUGCCCUGGCACAUUUACGAGCUGCGGUGCUUUUCUUCUUGGACAUCUCAGGGUCAUGUGGUUACAGCAUUGCCCAACAAGCAGCCCUAUUCCAUAGCAUCAAGUCUCUCUUUAUGAACAAACCUUUGAUCAUAGUCUGCAACAAGACUGAUUUGCAGCCAUUUGAAGGGAUGUCUGAAGAAGACAUGAAAUUGGUGAUGGAGAUGAAAGCAGAAGCUAUGAAGACUCUGAUUGGUCAAGGAGGUGAACCUGCAAAUGAUGAAGGUGUGCUUUUGAAAAUGAGCACUUUGACUGAGGAUGGAGUGAUUGCUGUCAAGAAUGCAGCCUGUGAAAGGUUACUAGAUCAGCGUGUGGAAUUGAAGAUGAAAUCUAAAAAGAUAAAUGACUGCUUGAAUCGGUUUCAUGUUGCAAUGCCAAAGCAACGUGACCAGAAAGAAAGGCCACCUUGUAUACCACCUGCAGUUUUGGAAGCUAAGGCAAAGCAAGCUGCAGAGGCAGCAGAGAGAGAGAAGAGAAAAACUGAAAAGGAUUUGGAGGAUGAAAAUGGUGGUGCAGGUGUAUACGCUGCUAGUUUGAGGAAGAAUUACAUCUUAGCCAAUGAUGAAUGGAAAGAAGAUGUAUUGCCAGAAAUUCUUGAUGGUCACAAUGUUUACGACUUCAUUGAUCCUGAUAUCUUACAGAGACUUGAGGAAUUAGAACGAGAAGAAGGUAUUCGGCAAGCGGAGGAAGAAAAUGGGGAUUUUGAGAUGGAUGGUGAGGAAUUAACUGAGGAAGAGAAAAAAGCUUUGGCUGAGAUUAGGAAAAAGAAAAGCUUACUCAUUCAGGAGCAUAGGAUUAAGAAGAGUACUGCAGAGAGUCGGCCUAUGGUACCUAGAAAAUUUGACAAAGACAAAAAGUUCACAACAGAGAGAAUGGGCAGACAACUCUCUGCUUUGGGGAUUGAUCCUUCUUUGGCAAUUAAUCGUGCCCGCAGCAGGUCUCUCUCUAGGAGAGGCCGCAAAAGGGAGAGGUCAGUUGUUAGGGGAGACAACAAUGAUGGUGAUGCUAUGGAUAUGGAUGUUGACCAUUCAAAUAAGAAGCUGCGCAUUAGAUCUAGCUCUCGAUCAAGGUCAGUGUCAAGGCCUCCAGGUGAGGUUGUCCCUGGAGAGGGCUUCAAGGACUCUUCUCAAAAGUUGAAAGCUCUUAAGCUUCAUAAGAAAUCUGCUAAAAAGCGGAAUAAAGAUGCUCGUCGCGGAGAGGCAGAUAGGGUUAUUCCUAAUCCCAAACCGAAGCACUUGUUUUCUGGGAAGCGUUCCAUUGGAAAAACCCAAAGACGUUGAUCACUUAAGGGGAAGGCUUGAAUAUGUCUUGCAGAGAUUCACUGAACCGUGGAUGUGGAUUUGGAUUUGUUGUUUACAUCAAUUUUGGCUUUACUGCCCCUACUGUGGCAGUGGACGCGGUGUUCUGUUUUUUUCUGUCAGUUCAGGCAAUUUUGAAUGAGAUAUUUCAAUUUUAUAUACUUGCUGUUAUGUUCUAAACAAUAAUUGAUUUAAUAGUAUUUAAAAAUUUGGUUGUUUCUCUUAAUUAAUUAUGUAACAGGGAGAUAUAUCUUGAUGAGUAAAGAUGCUUGUUUUUUUA